GCGGGCAGGGACUGGCGGCGACGGGGUCGGGAUGGCGCAGCUCGCGGAGGCCGUGGGCCACACAGCGACCACCAGCGCCAGCAUGGACAACAACGUCCUGGCCAUCGUCAUCGCCGCCACGGUGUCCACCUCCGUCUUCAUUGUGGCGAUUCUCAUCCUGCUGCUGCUCUUGUACCACCGGGACCCCAUGUGCUGCCAGUUCCUGUGCUCCUGCCGCCUGUUCCAGACCCCCAGCCAGUAUGACCACCCCCCGGCCUACUUCCGCAGCAGUCAGCAGCUGGUGGGACCGCAGCAUGGAGCCUCACGGCUGGAGAGCACUGCUGAGAACCCCGGCAUGCAGGGAGACGAGCUCUUCUGUGUUGGACCCCCCAGCACGUACCAGCUCCCGUCCUGGGAGCAGCCCCACCUGCCCAGCUACGAGAGCGUGAGGAAGAAAGAUCGCCAGCGGGAAAUCCAUCAGAUGAUUGCUGACAGGUUUGGGCUAUGGGCAGAGCCAUCCCAGGAGAUGCCACCUCCUUAUGAGCAUGCUCUGAGGCAUCCUCCAGCUUUCUCAGGAACAAGAAUAAGCUCAGAGACCUUGGACAGACAUGGUGUUCCAGACCCUUUCCAUGCUCCCCUCAGCUAUCAAACUCAGCGAAACACUGCAGUGGAAUGGCCAAACCUUCACCCAGAUCCACCAUCAGUUGAGACAGGCAAGCCCAACCCAGCCAUCAGUGACAUCCCACUUGCGGCACAAGGAACAGCCACAGAGCCAUUGCUGGGUACCGCGCUGAGCAGAGGAACAGGGACGUCUCCUCACUCUUCUCUGGCAAACACCAAAGUCAAAGGUCCAGCUGCUGGAGUUGCACAGGGCAAAGCCAAGGGGAAGGUCUGCUAGGCCAGAGCUCCUCAGGAGCAGCAUUUCAUACCUCUGUGAGGCAGCACUGCUGGCUGUACAAAGGAUCAGACCUCAGGCACUGCUGGUGUUGUGCUGCUUCACCCGUUUCUUACAUUAUCAAGUGUUACUGUAUCUGGAUUUCCACCUGCAGGUGGAAAUCCUCACCUGUGAGUGGCAGAAGGGAUAGGCUCUGGAGCAUCGUUGCAUGCUCUGGCACCAACAGCAUCUGUGCAGACCCCACACACAGAUUUGGAGGGACUCCAUGGGUUACACCCAAAUAUGGACCACCAAAAUGAACCAUGGGACUGGAUUUGCUGGAUGGGAAAGGACAGAUGCAUGGACUGAACAGCUGGAGGUCUACAUGAAGACUGUGAAGCACAGGUGGACAUGUGGCUGACCCAGUUCACCUGGUCUUCUGCAGAGCAGAAAAUUUGUCUAAAUAAUGUCAACACCGGUGUCCUUACACCACUGAUUUUGAUAACCUGUUUUCUACUGCAGCGUCAAUGUUUCAAAUUGUUUACAAAUCUGUAGACAAAAUGAGAUCAGUUAGUUUGGGCACAACACAUUGGGGCUCCUUUAUUUUGAGCAAUACAAGCUCAAAAAUGUCACGUAAUGACUCAAAGAUAAAAGGAUGAGGAUCCUAGUUAGUGCUUUAUCAUACACCUCCAGCUGCUGAGCUUCAAAUACCAGCCCAGCUUUGGGCUUCUUGCCAGGUCCCCUGAACUUACUGAGUUAAGAACUUGUUUCAUAUGGCCAGUGAAUGUAACACUCCUAUUUCAUUGAGGUGAGUGAGGUAGAGGGAAAAAUCCAACUUCCUGGUACACAGCAUUAGGUGCAUGCAGAAAAGGAUCUGUUCUGCAGUAUUGUGAAUUAAGGUACAAAUAGAACAGUAAUGACUAAAAAUGAGCAAAAAUAGAGAGAAUUAGUAGCAGGACAAGUACUGACACAAGAGUGAUUAUAGAGGGAACCCAUCCAGUGGCACAACAGACCAGGCUCUCCAGAUACUAAAUGACCAUGGUAACACAUUCCAUGAGCAGCCAAGACCUCCAGCUGCC